UUAAGGCCGUAAUUCUGCAUUGGAUUUAAGUUAGGUGUGGUAAAAUGGCCAUGGUAGGAACAUUUUCUAUUAAUGGAACAUGUAAAGUUAAAGAACAAACUCACAGUACUGAUCAUUCAUCUGAUCUUCUUCAAUUUGCCAACAAGUCACGACAAGAUGGUCGUUUUAUUGACAUUAUCAUUGUUGUAGGAAGGAAAAAAAUCCCAGCAAGCAAAAUGGUUCUUUCUUGCCAUUCUGGAUAUUUCGAUACCAUGUUUGAAACAGAAAUGGAAGAAAAACAUAGAGAUGUUGUUAAACUUCGUGGUGUAGACGCGAAAAGUCUGGAGAAACUUGUUGAUUUCAUGUACACAGGAAAAAUCAAAAUUAACACCAACAAUGUAUGUCGACUUCUUGCAGUUUCUGAUUUCCUGCAUAUGCAUUCUAUUAGAAAUAUUUGCAUUGAGUACUUGUUGACAACAGUCUCGCCACAAAAUUGCUUCACAAUUCAAGCUUUGGCUGAAUGUUACACCAUUCCACAGUUAACUGAAAAAUCCAACAAAUUUGUUGUUGAAAAUUAUCAACAACUUGUCUCUAGUGAUCAAUUUAGGAGACUUUCGAAAGAUGAUGUCAUCCGGUUACUACAAUCAACAUAUGACGCUGUUUCUCCAGAUUUGGUUUACACUGCUGUUAUGAACUGGGUGAAGUUUGAUUCAAACGAAAGUUACUUGAACGAAGUCAUUAAAUUUGUUGAUUUUCAUACAAUGUCGCCAGAGAUGCUUGAAGAUGUGGUCUCUGUAGAGCCUCUUGUUCGAAAACUUCCUGUGUCAGAUUGUUCAUUCCAUGAUGCUUUGAUUGAACUUGUAAAGAAAACGGGGCAGAGUCGCGUUCCUGUUCAAGAUAAUGGAUUGGGAACCAGAGACUUACCCGUUUUGGAAGAGAAAUCUCUCAUAUCACUUGGUGGUAAGAACACUCUAACCAAAGUGACAAAGUUCGAUUUAGAAACAGAACAAUGGAGUCAACUUCCAGAUUUACCAGUUGGGCGAGAUGAUGCAGCAGCCGUUGUCAUCGAUGAUGUUCUGUAUUAUACCGCGGGUAAUUUAAAAACUGAUGGCGAAGAUACAGCAACCAACAUUGUUCAUCGAAUGAAAUUAAAGGAAAAGGUUUUAAAAUGGGAGAAGGUAGCUUCAACGAGAGUUAAAAGAUGGGGAUUUGGUGCAGCUGUUUUUAAUGGUAUCAUCUUUGUAUUUGGCGGGGGUGAUGGUAAUAAUAAAAGACUUUCAUCUGGAGAAUCUUAUGUUGUUUCACUUAACAAGUGGAUUCGUAUUAAACCCAUGAGGAUUGCAAGAAGUACUCAUUCUGUUGUUGCUUACAAUGGUCAUUUAUAUUCACUUGGUGGGAAAAAAUUAUGUUCAGUUGAACGAUAUGAUCCAUCAUUAAAUGAAUGGGAAGAUGUUGCUCCAAUGCAAACACCACGAAGUUCCUUUGUUGCUGUGGUUCUUAACAAUACUAUUUACGCCAUUGGUGGUUAUGAUGGAAAUCAACGUCUUAAAUCAGUUGAGAAAUACAAUGUUGAAGAUGACACAUGGGUUUAUGUGGCGAGUAUGAACUUCGAGAGAUAUGUUCAUGCAGCUUGUGUUGCACAAAACAAGAUUUAUGUAUUGGGAGGUGUGGAUUCAAAUGACACAUUUGUGAAAUUAAUUGAAUGUUACGAUGAUCAAACGGACAAGUGGAGCGUUGUUGGUGAAACUGAAGCUGAAUUAUGCUGCCAUUCUAUGGUUGCUGUUUAAAUAGAAAGCGAUAAACAGCUUUCAGUUACAUGGGUAGCCUAAGUUACAUAUUUACUGUUGCAUUACUAAAGCUUAAGCCCUAUGCUUAUCAUAUACCUUUAUAUAUAACACAGGGUAUGGCCCUUAAAGAAUACCUGUGGUAUUUUAAUAAAAUAUAUAGAAGCUUCAUAAAGACCUACAUUUGUUUUAGUUUAUUAGACCUGCAUUUAAACCAUAUCGGUUGAAUUAGAAUGGAUUUAACUACUUUAGACUACAUUUUCAUCUAAUGUAUUUGUUAUAGCCUACAUCAAAUAAUAAUGUUUAACAAAAUAUUCACUGUAUUAUUACUUGUUUGGUGUAACAAUACUUUUUAUUUAAGUCUUGUACUUAUGUUUAACCUUAGCGUAUUAUAACGACUGCUUGUUUUAUCGUUGCUUUCCGUCUUUUAGAUUUCAUAAACUAUUCUGAUUUACCCCACUUUAACAGAAAGAACAAAAUAUAGGUAUGUAAUAUUCAAAAUAUAUCUUUAUAAUCGAAGCAAAAUUUAAGUUUAGGAGAUUUUAAGAAUGUGACAUGGAUUAAAAAAUAUUAGGUAUUAGUCUUGAUUGCUACUAAAACUAAAAAAAUGCCUUUAGCUAUUUACCAUAUUUAAGCUCGUAUUACUUUGUUCACUAUCGUUUCAAUUUGUUUGCGACCAUUUAACUUAGUGUAAGUUAUGCGUUUUGGUAGUUUUAUCCAUAGCGUGUUUGCUUUUAAUUUUUGUGUCACAUUUAUAUUUUAAUAAACUUUUGAUUAAUUAGC